UCGUCUCGCCGCACACGCACUUCCGGGGGUUGGGUCGGGCCUGCUCCGUGUCGGCGGCCGGUGAGGGGAACGGUGGCGGCACUAUGGCCGGGAUCAAAGCUUUGAUUAGUCUGUCCUUUGGGGGAGCAAUUGGACUAAUGUUCCUAAUGCUUGGAUGUGCUCUUCCACAGUACAAUAGCCAAUAUUGGCCACUGUUUGUUCUGUUUUUUUACAUCCUUUCUCCUAUUCCAUACUGCAUAGCAAGAAGAUUAGUAGAUGAAACAGAUGCUACAAGUAAUGCUUGCAAGGAACUAGCAAUAUUUCUUACAACAGGCAUUGUUGUCUCAGCAUUUGGACUACCUAUAGUAUUUGCCAGAGCACAACUGAUUUUGUGGGGAGCAUGUGCACUCGUCCUCACAGGGAAUACUGUCAUCUUUGCUACUAUCCUAGGAUUUUUCUUGGUCUUCGGCAGCAAUGACGACUUCAGCUGGCAGCAGUGGUGAAAGGAGUUUAGUACAGAAUUAUCAUAGACAUCUUAUCAUUCAGUGGCCAUCCAUACAAACGAGAGAAUGGGCAAUAAGGAGAAAUAGCAUAGCAAGCCUUUGAUGUAUUUUAGAUGCUCCUUUUCACCUUGUUCAUUGUAAGUGUACUAUCUUCACUGACUUGCUGAUGGAUUUCAAGGUUUCUAUUGUUUGGAAAGACACUUUGUUUUCACUUCCUUUUAUCUAAAUAUGUUUAGUAUCUCACGUCAUUAAAAAUUGUAAUUGUUGGUUCCAUUCUGUUUUUGUAUUUAUGCUACAUAUAAAUGCUGGAACAAGAAUUUUUAAAUAGUUUCCUUGAAAGAGUUUUUUAAAGUUUCUUUUAAGAGCAACAGCUAUAUUGAGUUAGAUACAUUUUAUCUUUUUUUUUCUUUUGACCAUGGUGACUAAAAUAUGAUGUACAAAGUAAGCAAUUGUGCUGCCAAAACGCAACAUUGUCAAUAAGCAAAUGUGUAGAUUGUCAGUGUGUUUUGGUGGGGGUAUGCGUACUGGAUGGGAGUACCAGGUGUAGACUGUUCUGCUCAUACCUCACUACGACUGAAGUGUUGAUGCCACUGGCUUGGGGAUGGGGCAGCUGUUCUGCCAAUAAGCGGGUAAUUAUUUUCUGGGAUCUAAUUCCUAUGUUUUUAACACCCUUAAAGGAGUACUUCCCCUUUUUUGUUCUCAACUCUUCUGUGGGUGUGACAUAUAAAUCUCUUAUGUGUAAGUUUAUUGAUGCUAUAAAAUGCAAAAUUUAAAUUGCAUUGGUGAGAAAAGAAAACUGACAUUUAAUUCCAUUUUCAAAAAAUCUGUGUUGAACAGUUUCUAUUUAUAAGUAUUGUAUGUUUUUGUUCUUAUGUCAACUUUUCACAUCUUACCAAAGGGGAGGUAAAAUGUUCAUUCAUGGAACUACUGAUGUAUGUUUGCAAUGUAUACAAAAUAUUUUCCCCGCUUCCCUUUUUUUAAUUUAUUUUAUACAUAGUAUAUAUUGAGUAAAAUGGCUUUUCAAAUGUAGACUAACCCUUAAAUCAUAGGUAUUUAACUUACGUAAGAAAAUUGAUUGCUAUAUUAAUAUACAGUACAGUCAAAGCACAACUUUUUUGCAAGUCUUUGACUGAAAUGAUUUCCUAGUGACUUUGUCAGUCUUUCAGUUCAUGCAUUAUCUGUUAACAGUAAUGUUAUCUGUAAUAAUUGUAGUUCUUGUUCCAUAAGGCUGUCACCUGUAAUUUACAAUAUUUAAGACAAGUUUUCUGCAUACCUCUCAAUUGUCUGUUUUUAAUUGAUGCAAAUCCUAUUUAUUAGACAUUCGUUGUGAUACACAGUGGAUUAAUGCAGAUUAGCCAGGCUUGAUUAUAUUAGAUGUAUCAAUAAAGCUGACCAAAAAUACUUCUAAAAUCUAUUUUUAUUCAACUUUUUUUUAAAUGAAGAUUAGAAAGCUAACUGUGCAGGCAUGAUAAAAAUUGAUUACUUAGGUCUUAAUUACAGUGCUUCAGUAUAAAAAAGCACAGAGUAAGUGGAUCUUGUCUGUCUUCGUUUGAAAGGGGAUUAUUUUAUUUACACGGAUGUAAAUGAACUAUAAAACUGACUAUUUCAAGUCUGAUAAUCAUGAUAGUUACAUAUGUGAUAUUGUAUGUUCAAGAUAUUUAGUCUAGUGUAUACAGCUACCUGUCAGUCUAUUAAGGCCACACAAUGUUGUGGGUAAGAGCUUUGAGCAAUAUUCUCCAUAGCUGUAAAGGAACUGGAGAAUAAAGUCCUAGGUAUGCAGAAAGUGAAUCUUUAGCAGAUAGCAUUUCAGCCACCUGUAAAGACGUGUAACAGAAGAAUCUAAUGAGUAAGGUGGACAUUUUCAAAAGUGCCUAAGUGAGUUAGAAGCAUGGCUCAUUGACUUUCAGUGGGACCUGUUCAGCUAAAUACCUUACAUGCUUUUGAAAAUCUUCUAAACCAGUGGCUAAUGAUAGUACUUGCCUUCACACAAAAGUGUGACUUUGACGACAACUCCCAGAUUCUUGAAUUUUUUUUAUGACCUGACCCAGUCAAUUGCCCAAGAAAUGAGUUCUGUUUUUCCCAUGCCCACAUUGCUUUCCUAGAUGUCAAUGUAAUACCCUGCUACUCUUCCACUUGGCCACAGAAUUUUUUAUAUUUAAUAGCUGUGUAUUUUUUCUGUAUAUUAAUUGCAUUGACAGCAUUGUGUUCUUGACCUUGCACACUAAUUAGACAUAGUGCUGUCUCUGGUUUCUAGGCUAGGCACUUGAGAGGUAUGAUUUUUCCAUAUAAUAUGCACUGAAAUAGCAUUGCCAUCCUUCUAUAGAGAACUUUUAAUGAUGAAACAAUAAACAUUUUAAAUAUCA